AAAGCAGUUCUGUAGCAGACUGCCUGGUCUCACCAGAUCUGAACCCCUUCAGGAUGUUGAGCCGAGGAUACGCUACGGCGGCUCUGGCCUUAUUAGUGGCAGCGGCUGCCCAUCAUGCGUCGGCUUUUACUUCGAAUUCACCCGCCGCCUUUCUUUCGAACGGUCUGGCCAAAGUUCAGCGUCAAAAUGUCGUCGGCGUAUCGCGUGAGAACGACCGUGGUCUCGAUACGGCACUCUGGUCGACUCUCGACGAGCCCAUCACACUCGGCGGCGUCAAAGCGCUAGAGGACUACGUCAAGGAACGCGGAGGGAACCUCCCUAUUCGCAAAGUACUGAUUGCCAACAACGGUAUGGCUGCGACCAAGUCCAUCCUUUCCAUGCGCCAAUGGGCCUACAUGGAGUUGGGAGAUGAACGAGCCAUCCAGUUUGUUGCCAUGGCGACUCCCGAGGAUCUCAAGGCCAAUGCCGAAUUCAUCCGUCUCGCUGAUUCCUUCGUCGAAGUCCCCGGUGGUUCCAGUGCCAACAACUACGGAAACGUCGACGUGAUUUGCAAGCUUGCCCAGGAGCAAGGUGUGGAUGCCGUCUGGCCCGGCUGGGGUCACGCCUCGGAAAAGCCCGCGCUUCCCGAUGGGCUCGCCAAGAUUGGCGUCAAGUUUAUUGGACCUCCGGCUCCAGUCAUGAGCGUGCUUGGAGACAAGAUUGCGGCCAAUAUUUUGGCGCAAACCGCGAACGUCCCCUCUAUCCCAUGGAGUGGAAGCUUUGGCGGUACCGAUGAUGGUCCCCUCCAGGCUGACUUGACCGACGAAGGUACUAUCCCUGAUGACAUCUUUGAAAAGGCAACUUGCCGCAAUGUCGAAGAAGCGAUUCAAGCGGCCGAAAAGAUUGGCUACGAGGAAGGUCUAAUGAUCAAGGCUUCCGAAGGUGGUGGGGGAAAAGGUAUCCGAUUCGUUGACAACGAAGAGGAUCUCCGGAAUGCCUUUAUCCAAGUACAGAGUGAGGUUAUUGGAAGUCCAAUUUUCAUCAUGCAGCUUUGCAAGAACGCUCGUCACUUGGAAGUCCAGAUUGUCGGAGACGAACACGGGAAUGCUGUCGCUCUGAACGGUCGUGACUGUUCUACCCAACGCCGUUUCCAAAAGAUUUUUGAAGAAGGCCCGCCCACCAUUGCCAAAGUCGACACUUUUGACGAGAUGCAGAAGGCUGCGCAACGGUUGACCCAGACAAUUGGUUACGUCGGUGCCGGAACUGUUGAGUACCUCUACAACGCCGCCACAGACAAGUACUUCUUCCUCGAGCUCAACCCGCGUUUGCAAGUUGAGCAUCCCGUCACAGAAGGUAUCACCGGUGUCAAUAUGCCCGCAACUCAAUUGCAGGUUGCCAUGGGUAUUCCUCUCUACAAUAUACCUCAGAUUCGUCACCUUUACGGCAAGGAGGAUAUUUACGGGACAGACAAGAUUGACUUUAUGGUAGAAAAGUACAAGCCGAUUGACACCCACGUGAUUGCCGCCCGUAUCACUGCUGAGAACCCAGACGAAGGCUUCAAGCCCACUUCCGGUUCGAUUGAACGCAUCAAGUUCCAGUCAACAAGCAAUGUGUGGGGAUACUUCAGCGUGGGAGCCAAUGGAGGCAUCCACGAGUUUGCUGACAGCCAAUUUGGUCACCUCUUCGCCAAGGGAGCUACGCGUGAGCAAGCGCGCAAGUCCCUUAUUCUCGCUCUAAAGGAAAUCGAAGUUCGUGGAGAAAUCCGUACCACAGUCGAAUACUUGGCUCAGUUGCUAGAAACGAAGGAGUUCAUUGAGAACACUAUCGACACAUCCUGGUUAGACGGUAUCAUUAAGUCGAAGAGUGUCCAGAUUGAAAUGCCGGAAGACCUGACUGUUAUCUCAGCUGCGGUCUUCAAAGCUUUCAAGCACGUUGAAGAGGCCGUCGAAGAUGUCAAGGAAAGCUUCCGUAAGGGACAAGUGUCAGUCGGCGGAGUUCCUGCAAUGAACUCGUUUGAUAUCGAAAUCGCCUACAAGGAUACCAAAUACACUUUCCACGUUGAGCGUACGGCCGAGGAUCUUUACCUGUUGAGUUGCGCUGGAAAUACUAUUGAAGUGAGACUCACCUUAACGGCAGAGAGCGCCAUUUUGGCCACUUUUGGCGGCGAGACCCACCGGAUCGACGGUAUGGACGAGCCGCUCGGUUUGCGUUUGGUUCUGGACGGCAACACGAUCUUGAUGCCUACCAUUUUUGAUCCCUCGGAACUUCGCACUGAUGUCACUGGCAAGGUUGUCCGUUUCUUGCAGGACAACGGUGGAAGUGUGGAGGCCGGACAACCCUUCGUGGAAGUUGAAGCAAUGAAGAUGAUUAUGCCCCUUAAGGCCACCGAGAGCGGGAAAAUUACGCAUAAUCUCUCCCCAGGAUCUGUCAUUUCUGCUGGAGACUUACUCGCUUCUCUGGAUCUCAAGGACCCUUCCAAGGUCAAGAAGAUUGUGACAUUCGAGGGCGAAUUCAAGAUCCCGUCGGUUGCUCUUGAAACCGCUGCUACGGAUAUGAUUUCACACAUUCUUGCCGGAUACCAGGGGGACGCGGAGUUUGCUGCCAAUGCUGCGUUUGAGGAUAUUGAAGACGUCGAGACGGCUGCGACUCUAGUAACUGACACACUCAAUGAAUUCUUGCGAGUCGAGAAAAUCUUUAACGGUCGGCUCUUGGACGAUGUCGUUCGUGAUCUCACCAAGGCGAAUUCCGAAAACCUUGAUCACGUGAUCGCUGAAAUUCAAGCCCAUUUGAAUGUCCGUCUCCGCAGCCAGCUGAUCUUGGCCAUGCUCCGUCAAGUUGAGACUUUUUCUGACCGUUUUGGUGUUGCGGAAAUCUCGGGUGACUUGCUAGCGGCUUUGGAAGAGCUCCAGACUUUGAAGGACAAGAUGUACGGUGAGAUCACUCUUGCAGCUGAUACCAUCAUUCGCCAAUCGAAGAUUCCGUCGUUCGAAAGCCGUGUCGAAGAACUUCGCGCUCAGCUUUCUGAUACAGAGACCGACUUGGUAAAACUCUCUAAGAGCCCGACUCUUUCUGCUGGUGUCGACUUGUUGACAUACCUGUUCACAGAUUCUGAUGGAUUGGUCCGCUCGGCCGCCGUCGAAGUCUACGUUCGUCGUGUCUACCGGGCCCACCGCAUGUUGGAUUUGUCGGUGGAGGAUAAGAGCGGCCGCCUCACUUGCAGUUUCACCUUUCAAUUUUCUGAUGUCCCUGAAAACGAAGCCCCGACUCGACAGGGUCUACUAAGCGUUGUUGCUUCCAUGGACUCAUUCAAGUCUGACUUUGCCAACAUUCUUGAGGACAUGUCCGAGGCGAUUGGCGAAAAGCCUGCUACGUCUGAUGGUCGGCCGCUUACGGCGCUGCACAUCGCCAUGGCUGAUGGUGAAAUGGGAGAAUUUUCUGUCGUAGAAGGAGUUCUUGCGAGCGAAAAGCCCAAACUGAUCGCUAUGGGUGUGCGAACAGUAAACUUUGUUGUACCCAACAAGAAAAAGGAGCCGUCGUACUUUACGUUUCCGCAAGCCGAUAAUUACAAGGAGGACCGCCUUCGCCGAAAUAUGCGCCCCACAUUCCACCACCUUUUGGAACUUGCUCGCUUGACAAGUAAUUUUGACGCUGAGCGUAUUCCUGCAAUUGGCAAAAACGCUCAGGUUUAUAUUGGUACAGAAAAGUCGGAGCGACCUGUCCGUGGAGGACCGCCUCAGGUUGUUUUCGUCCGUGCCAUCUCGCACAGCAGUGGAUUGGUCACCGAUGUUGGGGCUCUUCGCGCUCUUCAACAAGGUCUGGAUGAACUCGAAAGAGCGCAGUCGAACUCGAAGGUCAAUCUCCAGUCGUCCUCUCGUAUCUUCUUGCACUCGCUUCACGAGCUUGAGGGGACAACUCCACAAGAAGUCUCGGCUCGCUUUAAGGCAGUAAUGAGCUCGCUCAAGAGCAAGCUCGCUACCCGUCUUUUGAAAUUGCGCGUCGACGAAAUUGAAGUAAAGCUUCGUAUCGCUUCGAAGAGCGAAGACGGGAGCCCGAUUGUCCAGAAUGUUCGUCUUGUAGGAUCUUCGAUGGAAGGUGAAUGGCUCGGAGCCACAACCUACAUUGAAAAACCCGAUCCCGUCACUGGAGUGACAACCGAGUUCUGCGUGUUAGACGAAAGUGGCGAAGCCAACAUGUGCUUUCUUGAUCCUUACGGUACUUCCAAUAUUAUCCAGACCAAGCGAGCAAUCGCCCGUCGCGUCGGAUCCACCUACGCAUACGAUUUCCUCGGUCUUCUGGAGGUUGCCUUGAUUGGUGAAUGGGAACAGCACAUCAACAGCCUCGAGCUUGACACUGGAGUCACUAUCCCUACUGACUUGUUUGAAUCUCAGGAAUUGAUUGAAGACGAAGACGGGAACCUUGUUCUUGGUAGUCGGGUUGUCGGAACCAAUAAGAUAGGUAUGGUAACUUGGGUUGUCAAGAUGAAGACUCCGGAAUACCCCGAAGGACGUGAAGUUGUUGUAAUUGCCAACGACGUUACUGUCCAGAGUGGAUCAUUCGGUGUGGAAGAGGACGAAUUGUAUUAUAAAGCCUCUGUGUACGCCCGUGAACGCAAACUUCCUCGUGUCUACAUUGCAUGCAACGCAGGAGCCCGUAUCGGUCUUGUUGACGAGCUGAAGGAGAAGAUCAACAUCAAAUUUAACGAUCCUACGAACCCCAACAAAGGAUUUGAAUAUUUGUACCUCACGGACGAAGACUACAAAGCUCUCCCCGAAGGAGCUCUUAUUGCUAGUAAGGUAAAUGAGGGCUGGGCUCUUUCCGAUAUUAUCGGAACCAAGCACGGUAUUGGCGUGGAGAACUUGCAAGGCAGUGGAAAAAUUGCCGGAGAAACAUCACGAUCGUACGACGAAAUCUUUACUCUUAGUUACGUCACUGGACGAAGUGUCGGUAUCGGGGCGUAUCUUGUGCGCCUCGGACAGCGCGUCAUUCAAAUGAAACAGGGGCCGAUUAUCCUGACCGGCUUCUCCGCAUUGAACAAGCUUCUCGGACGCGAUGUGUACACGUCAAAUAAUCAGCUCGGAGGACCGCAGGUUAUGCAGCCUAAUGGUGUAUCUCAUGACAUUGUUGACGACGAUCAGGAGGGAGUCACCUCAAUAAUGAAAUGGUUGAGUUUUGUUCCCAAGACCGUCGGUGCUCUUCCGGCUUGCCGUGAAUCUGCUGACCCGGUGGACCGCCCGGUCGCCUGGCGCCCGACUCCUACUCCCUAUGACCCUCGGCUCAUGCUUUCCGGCACGGCUGAUGUGCCAGGAUUCUUCGACAAGGGGAGCUGGAAGGAAUAUCUCAGUGGAUGGGGUAAGAGUGUUGUCAUUGGACGCGGUCGCCUUGGAGGUAUCCCUAUGGGAGCCAUUGCUGUCGAGACUCGCCUCGUGGACAAAGUCAUCCCUGCCGACCCGGCUGACCCCAACUCGCGAGAAGCCAUUCUUCCCCAGGCCGGCCAGGUACUCUUCCCUGACUCUUCGUACAAGACUGCCCAAGCUCUUCGUGACUUCAACAAGGAAGGCCUUCCGGUUAUGAUUUUUGCCAACUGGCGGGGAUUCUCUGGCGGCAGCCGCGAUAUGGCUGGUGAAGUUCUCAAGUUCGGUGCAAUGAUUGUAGAUGCCCUGCGUGAAUACGAGAAUCCCGUGUACAUUUACUUGCCGCCCCACGGAGAACUCCGCGGAGGAUCCUGGGUAGUUGUGGACCCAACCAUCAACCAAGAGAAGAUGGAAAUGUACGCUGACCCCGAUUCUCGUGGAGGCAUUCUCGAACCUGCCGGUAUCACCGAGAUCAAGUUCCGUACGCCCGAUCAACUGAAGGUAAUGCACCGUCAGGACCCGCAACUCAAGUUGCUUGACGCUGAACUGGAAAUGUGCGAAAUGGAAGAUGACAAGGCCGCUAUUAAAGAACAAAUUAUCGCUCGUGAAGAGCAGCUCAAACCAGUAUACUUGCAGGCGGCCACCGAGUUUGCGGAUUUACACGACAAGACAGGUCGCAUGAAGGCCAAGGGUGUGAUUCGCGAGGCUGUACCGUGGGAGCAAUCCCGCGAAUUCUUUUUCUGGCGUGCUAAGCGCCGCAUGUUGGAAGACGCCGCCGCGGGUCAAAUGCGCCAGGGUGACGCAUCCUUGACUAAGGACUCUGCAACGGACUUGCUCAAGGAUGUCUUUUCCGGAGAUUGGAAUGACGACAAGGCGGUGGCGGAUUUCUUUGAAUCAAAUGCUUCCGACGUCGCCGACAAGGUCAAGGCCGUCAAGGCUGCUGGUGUGCAGGCGAAGAUCGAUGCUCUCAAAAAGGAAUUGGACGGGUUGGAAUUCAUGUAAAAAUAUGAUCCUAUAUUUGAAUUUUUUGCAUUUGAAUACAAUGCGUGAUGACGAUU